GUUCGCUUCAAUCAAUCAAUCAAUCCAUCCUUCUUCGGAGCUCGUAAUCUCAUUAAUCAUUUGUAUCACUCUAUAUCCAUUAUCCAAACAACAAGACAAAAUCUAAUCUAUACCAUACCUCCAUACUAAUCCCCCUCCAUGUCAAUUUUAUCUUCCCCAUGACAAGUCAUAUUCAUGGCAAUCGGUUUGUUGCAUGGAUUCCCCACCAACAAGUGGGUGGCAAGUCAAGUCGGAAGGAUGAAACUUUCUUGCCAUGAAAACCCCGUGCCGACCGCAAUGAUCGACCGGUGGAACGACCCCCGGCAAUCCAACUCCAUCCCAACUCUCUCCCUCCCCAUGAUUUGCCAUCCACCAUCGUUCGUCCUUCCAAACUUUGCCUCCGCCGAGGUUCCAAAGCUUGUGGGUUCCGGACUUCCGGCUCUUCAAGGAGGGCGGGCGGCUGCUCUUCUCCGUGCAGAAUUCAUCCCAGGGGGUGGCCCCUCUUGCGUGCUUUGUUUUGUCCUGUUCUUUUUUUGCUUUUCUUUUUUUUAUUUUGAAUCGGAACCAAGGCUCCGAUUUGCCUCCUAACUCGAGGGGAUGAUGUGGGGCGCCUUUCGCGUGCCUGCCACGCCGGGGCCCGCCCCUGUCGCUGCCCCUCUGUUAACCAAACGGCCCGAGCUGUCGUGAAGGGGGGAAGCUCUCACGGUCGAUAGACAC